GGUCAAGCUCCCGCAGCCCUUCUGGAUGGUGGUCCGGGAGGCGAGCGCCGCGCAGGCCGCCUUGAGCCUGGUGCUGCCCCAGCUGCGCUACCUGCACGUCUUCCUGGCGCAGGUUCACGGGCGCUUUGAGGAGUGGAGCACCGGGGAGAUGGGCGCGGCCGUGCCGCUGGCCGAGGGCCUGGCCCUGCAGCUCUCCACAGACCACCAGCUCCCUGAGCUCUUCCACCGUGAGGAGUUCGUGCUGGCGACCCUGCGACCCUGCUUCAAGGGCAGGAUAGAGGCUGCCCUCCCCGAGGGGGCCGACAUCAACCAUUGGAAGCAAGUUCUCGCGUACGAGGUGAAGGAGCUCGUGGUGUCUGAGUACUCCUGCCGCCCUCCCCUUCCCUGCAGGGCCCCACUGCUGUGCGUGUGGAUGCCCCUGAGCCGCGCAGGAGCCAGGAGCCCUGGGGCCGAAGGGAAGGGCCGGGAAGCGCCCGAGCAGAGAAGUGGGACCUCUGGGUCCUUGCUGCUGGGCCAGAGGGAGAGGAGACUCCCGGAGCAGGUGGAGAGCGGGGGGCUGCUGGUCUCGGAGGGGAGCAGCACUUCCCUUUCCACGGGGAGCCACCUGGUCAGCAGCAUCCGCAGGAAGUAGCUGCGCGAGACGAGACGGUGGGGGCCCAG